UUUGCUGAUGAGAAAUUAAACAGAAAUGGAGCCGAGAAGGACGAGGAGAACAUGGAGAAACUGCUGGGAGCUCUGGGAUAUGAGGUGGUGAAACACACGAACCUCACUGCAAAGGGAAUUGAAGACGCCCUAAUUGCAUUUUCUACACAUCCAAAGCUCAAAGACACAGACAGCGUGUUUGUGGUUAUCAUGUCUCACGGAAAACUGGGAGCUAUCCUUGGUGUCAACUGGAAAGGUGACAGAUGUGGUGAUGAGGCACCGGAUGAAUUCCCCAUCAACAACAUUUACAGACACUUGGCUUCAGAGAAAUGUCCAGCGUUGCUUGACAAACCCAAGGUCAUCAUCAUCCAGGCCUGCAGAGGAGUGGAGCUGGGAU